GAGGAGACCAACGCGCUGAAAGAGGAAAGGUCAAAUCUUCUGCGGCAACAACGGUUUGUCGACAAAAAGAUGGCCACUCUGACGAUGGAACGAGAUCGCCUUAGUCGACAGUCGGCUGAACUAACUGGCUCGCUCGAGGAUCUGGAGAAGCGUCUACGACGAGCAGAGCUGGCGGCCUCCGAAAGUAAUACAGGCUUCCAGGUGACUUUUGCUUUCUCCACGUGUCUCCCAAUUUUGGCAAAGUAA